AUGGAUGAAAUAGACUGCCUACAAUCUGAAGAAGAUAUUGAGAAUAUUUUACAAGUUUGUGAAGGUCAGAAUGACCAUCUCGGUUCAGAUUCAUUGGACUCUGAACAAUGUCAUACUACACAAGUUGAAGAAAACAGACCAGGAACUGGAAAUAACUCAGAACUUAUUAAUCAACGACAGCAGAAAAUUCAACACAAACGAGCAUUAUCUGUUAAAUGUUUAGAAAAACAAGCGAAAAAAAAAUGGUAA